UUUUGACAGAAUGUUUAUUUUGUUUUGACAGAAAGUUUAUUUUGUUUGCGGGAAAAAUUCGGCAUUUCUUCUCUUCGCUGUGUAGCCACUGCUGCUGUUAAUUAUAAAAUCUUUCAACAUUCCAGAUUUUCAGGCAGUAGAAGGCAUUUCCCUGGAUGUGAUUUAAGCAGCAAACAUACAUUGUGCAAAAAGGGUUUAUGUAAAGAACACCAAUCAUCAUUAUGUGCUACAAAUGGAUGAAGAUCUCGGCUAUUACAUCUACAUUUCGCUAACGCUCGUGCCAGUGUAUUUAGCAUUCAAACUCGUGCAAUGGAUGGGCUGGGAAUUGUUUGUCAACAAUUGAUUGCAACCAGCCUGCUACCAAGGAAAGCGUCAAUAAAGAAUGAUCGCUAAAUGUGCAAAUCAAAC